AUGCAACACUUGCAAGAGAUCGAGACCCGCCUCGACCAGCUCAUUUCCGAGAACCGCCUACUUAUCGCCGCUCGCGAUGAAGCCGAAGAAAAACUUCGGAGUACCAGCGUCGCUCGUCGCAAGAGUGACCGCGCCCUAAACACCCGCGACGUCGAUUUGCGCGAUAGAGAAUCAGAGGUGGAACAACUGAAGAGCUCGAUUGAAUGGCUGCAGAAGGAAACGUCUCGUCUCACUCAAGAGAACGAAGCGAUUACGGCGUCCAAUGCCUCCCUGGCCGCCGCCCACGCAGCCGAAAUGGAGUCAUCCACACGCAAACUUGCCGAUAUACAAUCACAACAAUUCGAACUCACCUCACAACUGGAGGAUCGAGUUCGACAAGAGAUCGGGUCAGCUCUUGAGCAAAAAGAUAUCGAAUUGCGCCGCCUGCGCACUGAGCUUGAGGAGGCUCGGGACAAGGUAAAGGAGCUGCAACAACAAAUUGCUGCCUCCGUACACGACAAUGCGCUUGUCUUCCGCGAUGAAGAGUACUUCCAUGCUGCCUGCCAGAAGCUGUGUGGCCAUGUUCAAUCAUGGGUGGUGCGCUUCUCCAAGCACAGUGAUAAACGUCGCUGCCGCCCACUCAGUGACCUACAAGACGAGAAGAUCGCGGACCGUUUCGACAACGCUCUUCUCGAUGGUUCCGAUCCCGAUGCCUAUCUCUCUGAUCGAGUCGGUCGCCGCGAUGUCUUCAUGUCGGUGGUCAUGACGAUGGUCUGGGAAUAUAUCUUCACUCGCUAUCUUUUCGGCAUGGACCGGGAGCAGCGCCAAAAGCUCAAAUCCCUCGAAAAACAAUUGAGCGAGGUGGGCCCGCCCCGUGCUGUGCAUCGCUGGCGAGCCACUACUCUCACACUGCUGUCCCGGCGACCAGCCUUUGCUGCGCAACGGGAGAGCGACACGGAGGCUCUCCUGGAUAACCUCCGCAAGAUCAUGCGGGUGGCAGUCAACCUUUCCCUGGAGAUGCGCACACAAUUGGCCGAAUUCAUCAUGCUUCCGCCGCUGCAACCCGAAUACGAUACCAACGGCGACCUCGCACGCCAGGUGUACUUCAAUGCAGCCCUGAUGAACGAGCGCAGUGGCUUGACCACCGACAAUACCGAGCUCGAAGCCCAACAAUCCAUUGUGCGCAUUGUGCUCUUCCCCCUCGUCGUCAAAAAGGGCAAUGACGUGGGCGAGGGCGACGACGAAGAGGUCGUCUGCCCCGCUCAAGUUCUUAUUGCUCGCCCCAACAAAGACAAGAAGAUAUCAAGGAUGUUGAGCGGCGACCGCAUGUCCAUCGAUGCCAGCAAGUCUGUCCACAGUGUGGCUCACAGCGUGGCACCGUCAUCUAUGAUGGACAUGAGCAAUGUUAUCUGA